AGUACCAAGUCACUGAUUGGACCCAAAGCUCCGAAUGUAAAGCCCGGUGCACAAGGAAGUUUCCUGCUCUCUGUAUUUUCCUUCUAAAAAAACUUGAAAUACGAAUCCGCUCUAUAUAAGCCGUUGCUUUGCGCCUCCACGGACCACUGUAUCUUCAGACGCUCACCACACAAGCUGAGGCUGUAAUCUCCUCGAAGGCUUCGGGAUCACGCAUUCAGUGGAUACUAGAGGAAUUACUUUCACACAUUGAAGAAUUUUAAUUACACCGUAACAUUAUACAAUGCCGAAGGACAGAAGAAUUCGAUCCAUGCAUCAUCAUCAAUCUAGGACAUGUCCUGUUCCUUCAUGUUCCAAGACUGCCAAGCAAGACAAAUACAAAAACCUCACCGGACUAGACAACGAUGCGAACAAGGAUGUGAAUGAAUGGGAAGAAGUCAGGUGCCCCAUAUGCUUGGAACACCCUCAUAGUGCUGUCCUCCUGCGAUGUUCUUCCUAUGGAAAGGGUUGCCGCCCCUACCUUUGCAAUACAAGCUACCGCCACUCGAACUGCCUCUCGCAGUUUUGUGCUUCUUCCAGUAAACAGCAAGAAGCCCAUCCCUUGAGCAAGUCCAAGCUUGUAUGCCCUCUCUGUCGAGGGCAAGUCAGUGGUUGGGAUGUCAUAGAGCCUGCACGCCACUUCAUGAAUUCCAAAGCAAGGAGUUGUCCAUAUGAGGCGUGUGAUUUUUGUGGGACUUAUGUACAACUCAGGAAUCAUACAAGGCGAGAGCACCCAGUAAGUUGGCCAUCGCAGGUUGACCCUGCUCGCCGGCAAGAGUGGAUAAGGUUGGAGCGUGAAACGGAAUUGAAUGAUGCUAUAUGUCUAUUCCUAUCACAAUUCCAAUACAUUGGAUUUGAGGACAUGUUACGUAUACAUAUACUGCAUUCUGGGUUGCUUACACCAGUUGAAUCUCUACCAUGAGGCUUCUGCACCGUGGAGAUCAGAUAUACGUUUAUGCUGAAACAUAAUAGAAAUUUGUCAGCACUCAUUUGGAAGGCAUUAAGUAGUUUUCUUUUCUUUGCUUUAGUGAAAACAAGGCAUUAUUUUUUAUACGCUAUGGUUGUCACUAGUCGAAAUAGAUAAAUUUGAAUUUUCGUCUGAUCACUUUGCUAAUGUUUAUUUUCUCGAAACUCAAA